AUGCUUUUCAAGCAAAUAUCAUUGACCGCUUUGCUCACGUUUGUAGUAUCUGUAUCUGCUCACUACACAUUUCCUGACCUCAUUGUCAACGGUGUCAACACAGGAGAUUGGGUCAAUGUAAGGCGAACGAAUAACUACAACAGUCAAUCUCCCGUCACCGACGUUACCAGUGCGGACUUCCGAUGCUACACCUCGGAGACGCAUGCUACUGCAUCGACCGCCACAGUUGCAGCUGGGUCGACGAUCGGCAUUGGUGCUGACCAGCCUGUAUAUCACCCUGGAGUUGUAAACGUCUACAUGGCAAAAGCACCCGGAAACGUGUCCACUUUCGAUGGUAGUGGUGCUGUCUGGUUCAAGGUUUUCCAAAUUCCCGCAGUCACCGAUGGCGGAAGAACUAUCACGUUCCCAGCUCAGAACAUCAACGCUGUGAAUUUCCAGAUCCCAAAGAACUUGCCCUCUGGCCAGUAUCUUGUACGCGUAGAGCAGAUUGCCUUGCACUCUGCAAGUACAUUCGGAGGCGCACAAUUCUACCUUAGCUGUGCUCAAAUCAACGUAACCGGUGGUGGAAAUGGUACUCCAGGUCCCCUUGUCUCGAUUCCAGGCGUCUACACUGGAAGGGAGCCCGGCAUCAUGCUCAACAUCUAUUAUCCCAUCCCCACUACCUACGUCCAGCCCGGUCCCGCCGUGUGGAGUGGGUGA